AUGGGUAUUUGCUCUGGUAAAACCACUCCUGUUGAUGAACAAGCUCUUAAGAGCAGUAAAAACGGGGAACACAAGACGGAUGGAAAGUAGGUUCAAAAGCUGUCUGAUUUCAAGGUCUCUUAAAGUGAUUUCAUUUCAGAAAAUAAAGGUCGUUUCAGAGAUUAUUAUUCAAUUGGAACUGCACUAGGAACAGGUGCUUUUGGUGAAGUGAGGAAAUGCUCAAAUAGAAAAACUGGGGCAAUUAGAGCAGUCAAGAUUAUUAGGAAAGAUUCUUUAGAUGCUAAAGAAAAAGCGAGAUUUUUUCAGGAAAUCGAAAUAUUGAGAUAAUUAGAUCAUCCAAAUAUAGUAAGACUUUAUGAAGUCUUCUAGGAUGAUAAGAGAUAUUAUCUGGUGACCGAGCUUUGCACAGGAGGAGAACUCUUCGAUGAAAUAACAAACAGAACCUAUUUUAGCGAAGACUUAAAACCUGAAAACAUUCUCAUGGACACGAAAUAAAAUAACGCUAUAAAAGUCAUUGACUUUGGAACAAGCUAGAAGUUCGACCCAAAUAAGAAGAUGAACUAAAUUUUUGGAACGGCCUAUUAUAUCGCCCCAGAAGUGCUUAAGGGUGAAUAUAACGAAAAAUGCGAUUUGUGGAGCAUCGGUGUUAUUCUAUACAUAUUGUUAAGUGGAAAGCCUCCCUUCGAUGGAAAUGAUGACAAAGAGAUUGUAAAUAGCGUAAGAAUAGGCACAUAUUCAAUGAGUGGCCCAGAAUGGAAAAGCAUUACACCAGAGGCCAAAGAUUUAAUCAAGAAAAUGCUUACUUAUGAUAUCACUGGGAGAAUAACGGCUGAAUAAGCCAUUAAUCAUCCUUGGAUUAAGAAGAAGGUGCUAGAACCCUCGGACCCUAAGGCUACCUUAUCAGCUCUCCAAAAUCUCAGAACUUUUAGAGCUGAAUAAAAAAUGCAGUAAGCUGCCAUUACAUUUAUUGUCAGUCAGCUAGCCUCAAAGGAAGAGAUGGCAGAGUUAUAAAGAGCUUUCAAAGCACUUGAUAAGAACUCAGAUGGUAAACUUUCAAGAGAUGAACUGAUUGAGGGUUAUACACAUAUUCUGGGCGACUUGGCUGAAGAGGAAGUUGACAGAAUAAUGAAAAUUGCAGAUGCUGAUGGAAGCGGAGAAAUCGAUUAUUCAGAGUGGGUUGUAGCCACUAUGGAUAAAAGAAAGCUUCUUACUAAUGAAAAAUUGGAGGCUGCGUUCAAUUUGUUCGACAAAGACGGAGGUGGCAGUAUCUCUGCUAAUGAAAUAAAGGAAGUUCUUGGAGUCGGAAAAAAUAUAGACGAAAAAGUCUGGAACGAAAUUAUAACUGAAGUAGAUGCUAAUGGUGACGGUGAGAUCUCCUUCCUUGAAUUUAAAACUAUGAUGUAAAAGUUACUUAUUGAUGAGGGAUAGGGUUCAACAGUCAAGCGCUGA